GAGCUGACGCAGCCAAACAAAAAGAGACCUUUCAAAACACAAAUAUGAGCCUUUUCUUAGCUGUCAUGUGCAGAUAUUUUGUUCAUCUAUUUACUUGUGACAUAAUAGUUGGAUUUGCACCUUUGAGUAAAACCUCUUAAAUUGCUAAAUAACCCAAAGUCAUAAGAGCUGCUCGCUUUUAUGGCUUUGCUCUGUGCAAGUCAACGGUUCGGAUGCGGAUGUAGCUCGUAUCGACGAGCCAAUGGGAAAUUAAUUUUUCCUCGGGAGGAGUCGUCUUCUUUUUCUGGAGGAUCCGAAUUGCACACUGACGACGUCGCGCGCAGGCUGACACGGGGAGUUUGACUUUGAGGCCUGCAGGAAGGAGCAGUGACCGGAUACACGAGUUUCAAUCUUAGUGGAGCAACUACUGGAAGAGUUGAGGCAGGUGGGAGGUGAGGCGGGUUGACUGGAAGCACAGAGGAAGUAGUGAGAGUGUUGCAAAUGGGCGCUUUAUUUAGCCUGGCUGUGGUUUAGCGCGCGCGCUCGCGCGCGCACACAAAUAUAAUAAAAUAAAACUUCCGCUUCUCGAUCAAUGAGGUUGUGUGGAUUCAGCCUCCUCGCUAUUUUGAGACAGUUGAAAUAGCCCUUUGAGUUUUUUCCUUUUUGUCACGCUAGACCCACAGACCGCAAUGCAUUUGCUUUCCAUGAUAUAAUAAUUAAAAUUACUCCAUCAUUUUAGAUGCGAGCUUGAUUUAAAUAGCUUUAAAUGGUCUUACGCACAUUGAGCUUUAUAGUAGUAGUGGUAGCAUCACACUGUGGAGGUUCUUUUCUUCAGUGGGAAUGAAAUUGCUCUGAGUUUGGAUGGAGCAAAAUGUGGCAAAGUACUUUUAGGUACAUGUGCACCAAUUGGGAUUCCAAAUUUGACUUUCUUCUCUCUGAAAAGUCACCAAAUAUCGCAAUGAAAUCAUUAAGUUGGCAAAAGUUGAAUAACUAUUGCUAACAGCGUACAUCAGUCUGCCACUGUCUCCAUUUGCUCCACCGGAGACGGUGGCUGAUUUCCAGACCUUUGGAGAUGUAAAUAAGAUUGAUUUCUUAUGUAAGUCUUCGCAGAUUUCCCAAAAUUAAGGAAAUCAGCACCCUGGGAAACACUCUAGGCCGGCGAAGGGUCACCUUUUAACAGGGCAUCAACCCUGAAAACAAAGUCAAAGAUUCAAGGGAAUGGACUAGGUCAAAGAAUAUUGAAAUGAUAGAAUGGCCCAGUCAAAGCCUAGAUGUAUGUCUGAAUGAGAAGCUGUGGAAAAACUCCAAAUUGCUCUUUACAGGCACUCUAAUCCAGUGUGACCAACCUUGAACUAGUGUGACAGAAUAACGAGCGCGGCGUUCAUUUUUUAGAUACAGACAUCGUCCAAGCAAAAAACUUCCAGUUUCAAAUUGUUUACUCCAGUUGCCUGAACACAAACGCGCGCCACAACUUUCUGAUUUAGUUUCUGUAAAGACUGAAUAUCCGUUUUGUUUUCCUCCCACUUCAUAAUUACGCCCGGUCACAUAAAAUCACACCAAAACACACGGAGGUUUGACUGGAAAAUGAGAAAGUGUCAAACAAAAAAAAAAUACUACUAAAAAAAAAAGUUAAAAGGGUGUAAAAACUUUCGCAAGGCGUUGUAGCCGAACCUGGUGCAACCGGGAGUGAGAAUGUGUUGGAAGUGCAGCAAUGCAGUGCAAGAUGGAGAGUUGGCUGUAUUGCUGAUGACAGGUGGGAUGCUGCAGAGGAGGAGAGUCCUCUGUAAUAAAUCUUGAGGCUUUUUGUGGCAGCCUCUACAUUUACAGCCAAUUACAGCACUUCAUCGACUUGUACAGGGGGGUUCUUUAGAGAGGGAUGAUUUAUAUUGAGCAGAUAACUGAUAACAGUCUUUAUUUUAAGUACAAACAGCCAGUUAAACCAAACUGAGCAGUAGUUGUUCUUUGGAACACAGGAGUGGAUCUUUAAAGCCGAGAGAUUUAAAAGGGACUAAGGAGUUUCCCUAGAGGGGAUCCGUGUAUGCAGAGAGCCCCUCCAUUAUGCGCUCCAUUUCUCCUUCCCAAUACUUCUCCCUGCUAACACGCCACCCCUCCCCUCUCACUUCCACUGCACACAGUAAAUCCAGAGCCUGCAGUGCCUGAUCGAGCCAACCCAAAAGAUCCAUAAGAUGCAGUAGUAAACUCUCAGCUUGCACAGGGGGGAGAAGAGGGACUGAACUGCACGCGAGUUUAGGGCAGAACACCUGCACUGGACAAGUGAGAAGGGGUCAAAUACUAAGAUAGACAUACAGAGGAGAGAAGGUGGGGGGUAGGGGGAAAAAUUCACCUUCAGCAGAGCACCAGCUGGUCCCGAGCUUGAAAGCAGCAGAGAGGAGAGAGAAGAGGUGCUGAGCGGCAAAAAGGAGCAGAGAAAAAGUGACUGGAAUGAUAAGAUGAGGAGCAGGCCCGUAAUGUUGAAGUCGUUUCUUAAUGAGGCCCUCCUGGAGCUGGUGCUCGUGCUGUGGCUCGGGCUCCGCGUCCUGGCCGUGUGCCCCUCCGUGUGCUCCUGCAGCCGCAGCCACAGAGAGGUGGACUGUUUCCGGAGGAGCCUGAGAGAGCUCCCCGACGGCUUGCAGCACAACAUCCUCUCCCUCAACCUGUCCCACAACCGGCUCGUCCAUCUGGACGACAGGCUCGCCUCGUACACCCACCUCCGCGUCCUGGAUUUCUCCCACAACAGGCUGAGCCGCCUUCCCAGAGGUCUGCCUCGCUCCCUCUGGGAGCUCCACGCCUCGUCCAACCGCAUCCAGCUGCUGGACAAGAACGACACGGUCUACCACUGGAACCUGAAGACCCUCGACCUCUCGGGCAACAAGGUAGAGAGGGCCGUCUUCAUCAACAACACAAUGCCUGAGCUGCAGAUGCUCAACCUCAGCAAUAAUCACUUCUAUACUUUGCCCACCAACCUGCCUGCGCACCUGGAGACCGUUGAUCUGUCCCACAACAUGCUUCUGAAGGUGCUGCCAGGCUCUCUUGACCGACUCCCAAAGUUAAGCCACUUCUACCUGCACUCUAACCGCUUCUCCUCACUUCCCUUUGGAGUUUUGGACAAGAUGGUUUCACUUAGAGUCGUCACUCUGGGUAGCAACCCUUGGGCUUGCCACCUUCAUGAGGUCGACUACUUGCUGUCUUGGACUCAGAGCACCUCGGCGCUUGUCCUCGGCUGCCCCUGCUACACCCAGCCUGUGUGUGGAGCGACACACUCCAGUAGAACUGGAGGUUUGCACUUUGGCUCCUUUGUUCUGCCUUCUCUGACAGUCGGUGCCUCAGAUCUGAGCUCGGUGUCGCCUGAAGACAGCGUCACGUGGUGGUACUGGCCCGUCUCCGCUCAGCAAAGCACGCCCCAAACUCGCAGAGAGUCUCUAAACACAGGGCAUGAUGCCUUCACAGAAACAGCCACCAGCAUUUCCACCUUUACGAUUAAUCACCUGGCUAGAACCGGCAGCCGAGAGGACAUAGAUCAUCUCAUCUCAGGCACAAAGGAAGCUUCCUCCUCAGCUCCGCUCCACACCGCAGACGCAUCCCAUUUCUCUGACAAAAGUCUCAUUACCGACACAUCUAAAGGAAAUGGCGUGGAGCUGGCCACCGAUCGAUUCUUUAUAACAGAGGCCUCCUCCACCCAAACAAAGAGGACAGCCACUCUCCGCACCAGAAGCGUCAGGAGACAGAAUCAGUUGCCUUCCGGAGGCAUCAGAAACAGCAGCCCAACCUUCUCCUGGUUUGGUUUCCUUCACAACUUGUGGCUUUUCCCUCUCGUUUUGCCUCAAGUCAUCUGACGGAUGGUGUGAAGAGUUUGCCACAAAAUGUGAAUUUAAACCAAAAAAAAAAUUAUAAUUAGGCCUGUCACGAUAGCAAAUUUU